AUGCUUACAUUGAAGUUAUGCUUCAGGAAUACUGCAAAAGCUAGUCGUUUGCCUCGGUUUUCUCGCUCAUUAAGAGCCCGAAAUUUUGUUACAUCUCUUAGACCAUCCAGUGAAGACCAAUUAAUUAAGGAUGUGUUUGAUCAAAAGUGCUAUGGGAAUACCUCUAAGUAUGCAAACAAGUUAGAGCAAGUUGGGCUGUUCAAAAAUCAGUUUUUACUUGACAAAGAUCAGGGAUUCAUUAGGUUAGCUGAAACUGCGUCUAUGAACUGCAAAAAGCUCAUCGAAGAAAUUUUGAAUGAUGAUAACAAUAAUACUUUAAACAUAAUUCGCUGCUUUGACCGAAUUUCGAAUUUGCUUUGCAGCGUAAUUGAUCUUUUGGAAUUUGUACGAUGCUCUCAUCCUCAAAUGGAAACAAUUGUCAAAGCCGAAGAGGCAUAUAACUUUUUAUUUGAACUAAUGAAUAUUUUGAAUACACAUCAGGGACUCUACAACAAGUUAGGAAAAUCAGUAUCGCUUAGUCCCUCUUUAGCCAAACUAGAUCCUGAAGCUUACAAUGUCGCGAAAGUUUUUCUACAGGACUUUGAGAAGUCUGGUGUGAAUCUUGAUGAUUCUUCGAGAAAUAAGUUUGUAAAGCAAUCCAUGGAAUCGUCAACGUUAGGAAGGAAGUUCUUUAAUCGUAGCAUGAACAGACCUCAGCGAUACAUAUCAGUUCCUUUGGAUUUGCUGAAGGGCUCUGAUCCUUACUUUGUUGGCAGUGUUUUUGACGAGAAAGAAAAAGUAGCUCUUAUUCCUACCGUUGGAUAUGAAGGAGCACAAGCUCUUGUUAGUAUUGCCAACUCUGAAGUGCGUAAACAGAUAUAUAUUCAAGGGCAUCACGGAACUGACCAGGAUAUUUCUCUCUUCGAAUUAUAUGUCAGCUCUAAAAAUAAACUUGCAAAUGUUGUUGGAAAAAAUAGUUUCGCUGAACUUCAACUACUUGACAAAAUGGCCCGGUCACCCAAUUGUGUUAUUAACUUCUUAGAAAACUUAUCGAAAGAAAAUUUACCAAAAGUACGCCAGAUACAUUCUCUAUUUUCUGGAAUGAAACAAAUGGACUUAGGUCUAGCAGCCCGUCCUGAAAUUCAUAUAUGGGAUCGAGAAUAUUAUGUUACGAGGUACAAGCAACAAUUAUUUCAAAGGAAAUCAUUCCUUAGUUCGUCGGUCAAUUAUCAAAGGGAUUAUUUGACUGUUGGUACUGUUAUACAAGGGUUAUCGCGGUUGUUUAAUUCUUUAUAUGGUUUACGAUUUGUUCCAGCCGAGGUAAUGCCUGGAGAAAUUUGGGAUUCCGAUGUCCGCAAAUUGAAUGUUAUGGAUGAGAAAAAUAGUUUAAUAGGUGUCAUAUACUUCGACCUAUUCACUCGUCCAGGGAAGACUGACGGUGCCGCACACUUUACCAUUCGUUCGUCGAGAGAACUAGACAACGUCAGUAUAAAUGAUUCUCUAAGUUUGGGAUUUUCUGACUAUAUAUCCGAAAAAAAUCAACAAACUGCAUAUCAAAUACCUAUAAUCUCACUUUUGUGCAACUUUCAAAAAUCGAAUGAUAAUAAUGCUUCAUGUCUUGAUUUAUGGGAUGUUAAAACAUUGUUUCAUGAAAUGGGACAUGCUAUGCACUCUAUUUUAGGAAGAACUAAGUAUCAAAAUUUAGCUGGUACACGUUGUGCUACAGAUUUUGUUGAACUACCUUCAAUUAUAAUGGAACAUUUUAUGGCAUCUUCUGAGGUGUUACCCUUAUACGCCCGCCAUUAUCAAAGUGAUAAACCUUUUCCGUCUCAAAUUUUAGAACAUUAUAAUCAAGUUGAGGAUAGCUGUGUGGCACUGGAUCAGCAAUCUCAGAUAUGCAUGUCCAUGAUUGAUCAAAUUUUCCAUUCUGAUGCUGUCUCUAAGUCUGACUUUAAUUCCAUCGAUAUAGUCCAUCAAAUAAGCAACCGGUUUAGCGGAUUUGAGUCAGUUCCCAAAACUUCUUGGCAUCUUCAAUUUAGUCAUCUAUAUGGAUACAGUGCAACCUAUUAUUCAUACCUUUUUGAUACCGCUCUUGCAUCUUUAAUAUUCCGAAAGUUAUUUUCCAAGAACCCUUUGAAGCGUGAAGCCGGUGAAAAAUUUCGAAAUACAAUUUUAAAAUGGGGUGGAAGUCGUAAUCCAUGGGAAUGCAUAGCUGAAGCGCUAGAAGAUCCAGUUUAUGCUGAAGGUGGAGAAAAAGCAAUGCAGAGAAUUGCCAAUAAUGCUUUCAGUUUUGGCGAUAGAACUAGUUAA